AUGUCCCAUAGGAAGUUGAAUGAUUAUGAAAUAUUAGAAGAGUUAUUGAAGGAUUCAGAUUCACAUCCAGAUUCAGAUUCAGAUUCUGUUGAGGAAAGUAAAUCUGAUGAAGAUGAGUACAUUGUGCAAGAAGAGGAAUCAAGUUCUGAUGAUGAAGUCAGCCAAUCUGAGGGUGAUGAGGAGUCGGAAGUGAUAUCAUCAAAUUUAGAGGAACUCCCUUCUCAAGAAGAGGAUUUAUCAUCAAACACGAUUAGAGCUAAAUGUGGUACGGUGUGGAAAGUAAUAUCUCAAGCAGAUGAAGAUUGUGGAAGAUUUUCUCAGGAAAACAUAAUGAGGGAAACUCCUGGCCCCACUUCUUUUGCAAAACGUCUUGUACAAAAAAGGAGCUACAUGAGUACCUUUUCGAUACUUAUAGAUGAUUUUAUCAUUGAACAUAUCAGGAAAUGCACUGAAGCUCAAGGCAGAAGAGUCUUGAAAAACGAUAAUUACAAAGUAUCUUGUGAAGAAAUUCUAGCAGUAAUUGGAAUCAUGUAUGCUCGUGGGAUAUUGGGAAAGAAUCAGUCAAUUGAUCAUCUAUGGUCAAGAAAAUGGGGUCCACCCUUUUUCAGGGAUACAAUGCCACGUCACAAAUUCAGAGCUAAUGCGGUUUAUAAGAUUUGA